AUGAAUAAUUACUUGAGUGAUUUAAAAUAAAAAACUCAUGAAAAAUAUCAAGAACUAAUAUAAAAAGAAAAAGUCAACUAAAAUGCUAUUUUAGCCUCCAUCUCACUAGUUUAAAAUGAAGAAAACGUAAUUUUGUGUUCGUUAGGAACAGGAUCAAAAGCAGUUGGAUUAAAUCAUAUGAAUGAAUAAAAUCAUUGUUUGCAUUCUUGUCAUGCAGAAGUAAUUGCCAAAAGAGGAUUUUAAUUAUGGUUGUAUGAAGUGCUCUCUAAACCCAAUGAAAUUGAUAAAUAUUUUGAAAAAAAAGAAACUAAAUAUUCAUUAAAGAAGGAGUAUAAAGUUUGCUUUUAUGUUACUUAACCGCCUUGCGGAUAGGCAUAACUAUUUCCAGAAUCAAAAAUAUAUGGAAUGAGUGCAGCAAGACCUUUCUCAGAGUUCUUUUAGGAAGCAGAAAAUAUUCCCAAUUGUGAUUCCUAAAGGUUAAGAAGCACUCCAGCAAAUUCUAAAACACCAAUUCAAUAAAAGAAUCCAAGUUUUUGUUGUACAGACAAAAUUAUGAUUUGGAAUGUAGUAGGAAUUCAAGGAGCAUUGUUGAAUUAAUUCAUUAAUCCAAUUUAUAUUGAUAACUUAAUCAUAGAAUUUAGAGAGCAUUUUAGUUUGAAAGAAGUAUUCGAUAUAAGAAAAAGAUCUGGCAAAAGCAAGGAAGCUGUUUUAAAAAUAAAUAAUAAAUUAAUUAGCAAAGCAUUUAAGAUAAAAAAACCAAAAAUUAUUUAUACAAGGAAAAAUUUAUUUGUUCAUAGUCCUUAUCAUCCUAAUAAUGAUGAAUUAAACAAAAGGAUUAAUAAAGAUAUCAAUUAAUAAAGUCUGUAAUCAUUCAGUUACUUAUAUGUGGAUUCUUUGGGGACGGAAAAGAUUAACUCAUUAAAUGGUUUAAAGUGGGGACUUGCCAAAAAAGACAUAUCCAAAUUAUAAUUUCUACCAAAAAUAGCAAAAUAUCAGCUGUUUCAAAAGUUUAAACAUUUAUAUGAGCAUUUCGAAGGCAAAUAGCUUAAAUGUAAUUAUAGAGAAGUAAAAAAUAAAAAUAUUAAAUAUCUUUGUUUAAAACUAAAUAUCAAAUAAUGCUUUUAAGAGUGGAGUCUUAAUAAAACAUAAUAUGAGUAAUUUCAAUGA